AUGGUGGACCAUUGUCCUGGUAAUUACAGGGUUUUUGAUGUUCGUCAUAUUCGAAAGUCUUUGGUAGAGAUACAUAGAACUUUGUGCCUGAUUAAUGAUUGUGAGCAUGACCAUAAUGGUUAUGUUAUCUGCAGUGUCAAUCCUCGAGGAUAUGUGAUUAUCAAGAGGGACAUUCAGAAGUUGGUGGAUGAAGGUGUGAUCCAUAGUCAACAUUACAGAGAUAUAGGUAAUGAUGUGAAUGUAAUUUUUCAAGUGUUUAAGACUCCUGAGCAGGUAGUAAUUCAAUUCAACAGCAACAAAAAUGAUAAUAGAUUCGUAUCUCCAUUGGUAAUACGGUUAGCGGGCCCAAUCCCGUAUGCAUCCGAUAAAAUUAUAACUUACAAAUAUAAUGCUACUAUGAUUGAUAAUGGGCAAGAGGUUCCUCUUCUCGCAGCAAAUUCAGUAGUAAGCAUUGCAAAUGUUGUUAAGGUGACCCGUAGCGGUCGUCUAUUUGGCCCAGUAUCUCAGAAGGUUGUUGAGGAUGUUUUGAUUGGUAAGAAGGUAGAUGUUCCUUUAGUUGACCCCGUUAACGUUCCAACUUUUCAGUCUGGUGAAUCCAGCGGGUUGAAGGUUAAAGAUGAUGAUAAUGAUGAAGUUCUUGGAUUGAUUAAAAAUAGUAAGUUCAAUGUUGUGGAGCAGUUGAUCCAAACGUCAUCCAAGAUAUCUGUCUUAUCUUUGUUGAUGAACUCCAAAGCACACCGAGAGGCGUUGAAGAAGGUGCUUGAGCAAGCAUAUGUAGAGCAUGAUGUCAUAGUUGAUCAGUUUAAUCAUAUUGUCGCUAAUAUCACUUCUUGCAAUCAUUUGAGUUUCUGCGAUGAAGAGCUUCCUGAGGAAGGCAGAAAUCACAACUUGGCACUCCAUAUAUCCAUGAAUUCUAAAAAGGAUGAUAUAUACAAUGUUUUGGUAGAUACUGUUUCGUCAUUGAAUGUUCUUCCCAAAUCUACUUUGGCAAGGUUGUCUUAUCAGGGCACACCUAUGAAACACAACGAUAUGGUGGUAAAAGCGUUUAAUGGUUCUCAUAAAACUGUCAUUAGAGAAGUGGACCUCCCAGUUAAGAUAGGUCCGAGUGAUUUUCAGAUUACAUUUCAAGUAACGGAUAUUCACCCGGCCUAUAGUUAUUUAUUGGGAAGGUUGUGGAUUCACGAGGCAGUGUUGUCACGUCAACUCUGCAUCAGAAGCUUAAAUUUGUUAAAAAUGAAGAUUGGGGCAUCCAUGUCUUCUCUGAAAGAUGCAAGAGAAGUUGUUCAGGUUGGUGGCACUGACAAGUGGGGUCGAAUUGUAGAGGUGGUCGAGAAUAAGAACAUAGAUGGUCUUGCAUUUCAGCAAGGGUCGUUUAAAAGCAAUGUCAAGGCUAUGCAAUCAAUUUUCUGUAGUGGAGGGUUUAUUCAUAAAGAAGAAGAACACUCAAUUGCGAUUAUUGAAGAUGAAGACGAAGACGACGCCAACUUUGUGACACACAGACAGACUUACAACAAUUGGGUUGUUGUUGAUGUUCCUAUUGUAGUCCACCGCUCAAAUUAA